AUGUUGUAUCAGAGCUUUGUGCAUCGCAGACAGGCACGAGGGGCUCCAAUGAAGUCCCCGACAGAAGACGGCUUGUGGUUUCCGCCGGCGGAGCAUUGUAUCGCCCUGCGGCCUCUCGCCAAGCCAAUCGGAUGCGAGGACGCGAGCCAUUCUGCCGCUCCGCCUCACCACCUGGAGAACGCACCCAUGAGCAUGCGCAGUCACCGCGACGGGGGGGCAAGACGCAUGCCCAGUCGUCGCAUUCCGAACCCAACCGCCGGUGGCUUCGGGCGGGAAGUUGAGGCCCCGGCCCCCAUCCGUCACAAGCCCCGCCCUCAAACCCCAGUUUUCCGCGCAUGCGCACGCACGGCGGCGGUUGGAGGACGGGAGGUCAACUGCCCUUUGAAACGGUCAAGCGCCAGAAGGUCCAGUAGCGAGGAUUAUUACACCGUCCUUGGCAUCAAACCUGACGCGACUCUUAAGCAGAUCAAGCAGGCCUUCCUUGACCAGUCGAAGAAGCUCCAUCCUGACAUUGAUGUGACCAACCCGGAGCUCCACACCCAGUUUGUGCGGCUGAACGAGGCCUACAGUGUGCUGAGCAAGCCCAGCAGCCGCCGGGAGUAUGACUCGAGGCUGAGACUCCAGCGUCACGGCGCGCCUGCAGCCGCUGGCAAUGCCGCGGGGUGUGAUGGUGACCAUGGCGACCCCUUCUUCUACAACAACAUGAACUCGGCACCACGCUAUGGGUAUGAGAAAUCCAAGCAGCAGCGGUACUGGGAGCAGUUCCGGUACCCCACACCAGAAGAUUAUGCAGACUUUCACAGCAGCAGGAAGCGCAAGAGAAACAUGAAGGUUUUUGGCUACUGUGUCUUCAUUAUGUUGGCCGGAGUAUUUAUCCACUAUGUUGGUUUCAGGAAACUGGAAGAAUUCCACAGAAGUUUUAUGGCCGACAAGGACCGAGCCAUCACGGAGAUCUACAACAAAUCCAAGGAGCAAGCAAGGCUGAACGGCUUCAAGAAGCAGCAGGAAAUCCUGCGGCAGAAACACGCUGUCUUCAUGGAGAAAUACAGGCUGAAGACACGGGGAGGGGGCAGCGAUGAGUGAGAGGCCGAAACCCCCACCCUGCCCGCCCUCGCGACUCGGGAAGUAGGCGUUGGCACUGCCCAUCCACCCCCCCCUUUCCCCGUAGGGCUGACUCCUGAAAAGACGAGAGAGCCCAGUCUGCUGUUUUGUGUGCAUUCACUCCUGGCGGUUUGGGGGGGUGGGUAACGAUGAAAGGAGGGGAAGCCUCUUGUUGCAGACCCCAGUCGGACCAGCCCGGCCUCCUCGCAGCUUUGUAAGGUGUAUUGUUUUCUCAGGGUUCAGGACACCCUCCACCCAAGAACCAGUGUAGAGUGCUCAUGGGGCACCGGGAUCACAUACCUCAUGUUCCCGUUCCCCACUGAGAUCUGCUUUUGACCUGCACCGAGUGGGAGAGUGAGGAUUCAAGGAGGGGACCCCUCAUCGAUUUCAGGUCAAGCCACUAGAUGCUCACCCCUCACCUUCACCUCCCCCAAGACCCUGUGUUUCAUCGCCACCCCCGCCCCACCCACCCUGGACCUCCGCAUACCAGCGAACCAAGUGGCAUGAGGUACCAGUGCCAACGUUUCUUAUUUUACUGACACCCGCGGACUCACCUUGUCCUGCUCAGACAUCGAGUCUCCACGCCUGUGUUUUACCCACCGAAAUAAAUUUCAUCAGGGUGCAA